UAUUAAGACAUCACGUGAUUGCAGAAAAUGAAAUAAAAUAAAGUUUGUUUACGUGUGGUGACAUGCUUAUAUCAAAAAAGACAUGAGGUUAUUUUAAAUUUUAGGAGUUUGGUGGUUAUUAACAAGAUGGUGAAAACUAUUCAUACAGAUGUCUUUGUCAUGACCUGAUGUACAGACAAUGUCAGAUAAAGCAUCUGUGCCAACAGAUUCUGAUCUUGGCCUCCCAGUGGCAGCUAUUGUCUGUUUAGGCCUUAGUGGUUAUAUCAUUCUCAUCUUCAUUAUCAUUUUUGUGAGGAAUGCUCUUGUGAAUCGAGGUACCUGUACUUGUGAAUCGCCAUGUGGUGCCAAAGAGGAGGCGGACCAGAACAAGUGUUGUUCCAGUGCCAGUCUGGCGGAAACCUGCAACUGCUGUCAGAGUCCUAGUAUUCAUUCAUGUGUCAGAGCCGUCUGUCCACAGAAGAAGACUUCAAGAGCUUGUUGGGAGAAUGUAGGUCUCAUGGAUAUUCUUCUGUGCCAAUGCUGUUGUGGUGAUGACACAACAAAUGUUUGCAGUUGCAUUCAUCUUGAUAUGGACUAUGAAGUAAAAAACAUAAACUGCUGCUGCUUUACUUUGCACCUUAUAAAAAAUGCCCAGCAGCAACCCUUGCCUUACAAUUACACCAACUGUCCUGCACAAUCAGGGGUCAACUAUUCUACAAACAAUUCCUUAAAACCCAUGCAUAGUUCAUUUUGGAGGUCCUUCAACAAAACUCAUCCAUUUCUGGAAGAGUCUCAGGUUCCGGCCACAGAUGUGUCAAUCCCACGGUUGGAAAAUGAGAUGCAAUCUGCAGUACCUCCUGUUAUGACCAUGGAACAUGAUUCCAUGACAUAUUUAACUCAUAAGGAAGCAAUGCCAAAUGUUUCUCUUGGUUCGAAGAGAUCUUCAGUGAACAAUGAAAGAGGAGCUACAGCCAACGAGAACGGUUCUGCAUGUAAGACAAAACUGGACAUGGAUUUGAGACAUAACAAUGGUGGCAAACAGUCCCGGGACAAACGCCGUAGAACAAGGUUGUCUAUUACUAAUCCUUACUCAGCCAGAUCUAGUGCUAGACCACACUUCAUUCACAGGAAGUCUCGGUCAUGCAGUCCACCAACUAGAAUGUAGAGGGGUUGGGCUUCUUUUUAAUCCUUUCAACCCAGCAAACUACUUUUGACCAGGUUGUCUCAAUUGGUCAGUAUAAUGAAACUUAGGGAGGAAAGGGUUAAAAGAAAUGGCUAAUAUAUUCUUACGGUAUUCCAAUGAUCAGUGUGCAUUUUUCAGAAGGUUUUCGUUCAGAUUCACGUUCUAUGCAUGUUGAACAUAUACAAAAUAGUACUUAUUCCCUACUCCAGCAUUAUGUUGUUGGCAUUAAACACUGGUUGGAAUGGAAGUGUCACAAGAGACAAUAUUUAAAAAUCUUUACUUAGGUUACCGAUUGUUCGGUUAUGCAAAAUAUGCAUAACCCUAAUCAUUUACCUUAAACUUGCAUUGAACUUGCAUUUUAAUAACCGGAAUUGUACCAACGAUAUAAUAUAGAUAUUUUGCGAUUUUAUAUCAUACUCUUACACUUCUGAUCUAAAAUCUGGGAUUCAUGGAAGCACUGAAUCCUGUUAAAUUCCCAGCCUGGCCUGGAGCUUAUAAAACUUUUAGAGUCUGAACUCGAAGACGCUAAUAGUGUCUUGACACUUUAACUUCAUGGAAACACCAUACAAACUGCCUGUGUGUGUGACAUCAUUUGAAAUUGAGUCUAGACUCUUAAACGCUUUAUAAGCAUGGCCCAGGUUACAGUAUUUCCAGCUGAUCCUGUAACUAAGACAUAUUUUAUUGCAAAUCAUUAAAGAAUACGCUUGGUAAAGUGACUUAUCAGAACAUGUUACGGUGUCCUACAUAACCAAUUGGUGCAUGGUACAGUUUAGUACAUAACUGAUUGGCAGUUUACGUGAACCAGCACACUAGCAGAAUGAAGGUCCACAUGAAAUACUGUGUCUUGGUAUCCUCUUGGCAUUUCACUUAAGCUCUCAUUCAUCAGCAUUUCACAAUCCCAGUGUAAAAGCUGAAGCAAAAUCAAUGUUUUUUUGCUGAGGCAGCCUUCUGCAUUGCAAGGGUUAUCUUUAACGUUUAUGUUCAAUUUAUUUAUGGUUUACUAUAAAGAUCUAAAAUAUUAGGAUGGUUUUUCGAAGAAGAAAAAAUUGGUAGCUGUAGCUUAAUGGGUCAUCAGUACUUUGUUUAUUGUUUCAUAUUCAAAAAGAAAAACUGUUGGUGAAUUACAGGUUAAAAACAUGAGAAAGUUGUGGACAAUAAUAUCUAGUUAAAGUGAGAAUCUGUUUCUCUUUAUUAAGGUAAACAUCGAUUAGUCUUCAUAUGUUUAUUCUCUGCCUUAAUAGUUGUGAAUUUAAAUGUAUUUGGAUACAAUUUUAUAUCAUUCUCAGUGCUCAAUUAUUGUUUUAUUGUUGAUUGUACAUUGUUGUUUGCAUUUUAUAUGAUAUCAAGCUGAGUCUCUUAUAAGAGACUAAGACAACAUAGGCACAAGAGUCCUGUGGUAUCAACCUUUAAUAUCUACAAAAUGCCAACAGAUGUUGCUUUCAACAACACAGGCACAAGAAUCUAGUGGUAUCAGCCUUUAAUAUCUACAAGUUGCUUUUAUCAAAUAAAAAUACAAUUCAUUUUAUUGUCAAGUUGCAGACCAACUGGGCAUUUACAUUGCUGAUCUGUUUAAUAUUUCAUGUAAAGUAAAGAUAAGACCAUGGGCAGUAAGUCCCCAGUAUUGACUUAGCAUUACAAAUACUGAGUAAAUUGUUAUCAUAAAAUAUUAUUAAGAUUAUAAAUUUUUACUUAUUUAUUAGGACUACACCUUUCUAUAAAUGAUUAUUCCAGUAAAAUAAUACUGAUCACAAGAUUAAACAAAAAAUUCACAUGGUACAAUACCACAAUGUUAGUGAACAUUGUGGUAUUGCAUAGUUGACAUUAUUUGCUACAUGCAUACCAAACUUUUUUUUUUCUUUUUUUUUAAAUUAUAAAUUAAUAUAAUAUGUCAUCCAAAAUUAAUAUUUUAAAUAUAUACUUUUUGAAAAAUGUGUGUUGAGAUUUUUCUUUUAUAAACUAAUAGUCUUGAAAUAUUUUAUGAAGAAUGUUCAUAUGAAUCUGCUCACAUGAUCAGAUGUUUAAUAAAGGUUUAUAUCUUUGUAUGUGUGUGUACAUAAUGUGGACUAGUGGUUAUGUUUGUGAUUUAUCUUUAAAUGUAGGUUGUGAAUUUGUGGCACAACUUUAUAGACCGUUAAACAUGUACUAUACUUGUAAAAAUGUUAAAACACUAUUUUUUUAUGCAAGUUAUGGCAUGAUUUUUAAAAUUGUUUUUAUACAUUGUUAACAACUGUACAUCAAAGGCAGUGAAACGUGCUGUCCUGCCUGUUGGAAAGUGCAUAUAAAAUAUCCAUUGUUGCUCUAGUAAAAAAUUUAGCAUGUUUCGUCUGAAGACUAUAUGUUAGAAUUACCAAAUAUUUGACAAUUGGUUAUCAGUUAAUCAAUCUGAUCUAGUUAUGUCAUUAAACAAAACAAACUUUCAACUAUAUACAUUUUAAACAAUAUUAUAGUUUAAUGGUUCUCAACCCACCCCCUCUUUCAAAUACAACUUACGGUCUCAGGCAGAUAGCCUAAAUAUAUCACCAAGUAUGGCAUGCAUUCAUCAGUGGCCAUUGGACAAACCUACAAGUUUUAACCGUAUGAUGGAGAUUAUGUUGAAGCUUUAAAAUGUACUAGAUGAAUUUUGUAUAAACUAAACAAAAUGUUCUUUUAUAUUCUCUCUAUAUAGAUUAUUUCUGUAGCACAUGGACAUUAUAAGCACCCUAACUCAAGUAUACAUGUACAUGUUUAUAUAUUUAGCCAUUGCAGUCUGCAUGUUCCUGGCACAACACGUACUAUGUACAUACAGGUCUGUGGUGCUCAUGUAGGUCUGUUCAUUCCAGUAAAUUACAUUCCAGCAAACAUUUAAGCAGAUUAUAAAAUAAUCAUAUUCUGUGCAUUGAUUGAAAGAGUUAUUAUAUCUUGCCUUUCAUAUUAAUAAAUAUAUUUUCUCAAGGUUUGUGUGAUUACAAGAUCUUUAUUUACAUAAUAUUAUGUUUCCUUAUUCAGGCAUCAUUACGAUUCAUGUAGUUUUACUUACCAGUACAAUCAAACAUCAUUGUCUGUCCAUUCUGUGAUCUACCAUAUCAUGUCUGUCCAUUUUGUGAUCUACUGUAUCAUGUCUGUCCAUUUUGUGAUCUACUGUAUCAUGUCUAUCCAUGUUGUGAUCUACUCUAUGAUGUCUGUCCAUUUUGUGAUCUACUCUAUGAUGUCUAUCCAUUUUGUGAUCUACUGUAGGAUGUCUAUCCAUUUUGUGAUCUACUGUAUGAUGUCUAUCCAUUUUGUGAUCUAUUGUAUGAUGUCUAUCCAUUUUGUUAUCUACUGUCCGUCCAUUGUCUGAUUUACUGUAUGAUUAAAUUUUGGACAUUAUUAUUAGUGACUGUCCUUUUCCCUUGUCUUAUUUUGGGUGAUAUUGUUUUACUGUCUUAUUGUCUCACCUUUACAAAACAAAAAGGUGAGAUACAGGUAUUACUUUUCUGACCGCAGCAGCUAAGCCAACGACAAUGUCAACUUUUGCAUUUUGUCAACAAUAAAGUUUAGCAUUUACAUAUAGCUCCAUGUCUCACAUUAAGUCCUACAUCAGUGAAUCAUGGUUUAUAGUUACAUCUAUGAAUGUUUUAUCUCAAUCUAUGUUUUAAAAAUUAUUUAUCAAGUUAACAUUUUAAUUGAAGUUGGGUUUUUAAAAAACAAAAAAUACAAAACAAAAUACACAUGCAUUGAGAUGAGCAUCUAUGGACACCAACUAUCGGUGACACCCACUAAGUUUAUGGUCAAUGAGACAUUUAAUUCCAUGGAAUUCUUGUUUUGUAAUAUGCUAAACAUAUGUAACAUUUUAUUUCCCAGUACUAUCCUUGUCCCAACUAUAGUAUUUUAUAAUCUUUAUUCUCAUCUGUAAUAUGUAUUUUAUAUAGUCAUGUCCUGUCACAUUCUUCAUUCCAUCAGCAAUUUUUUAUACAGUCUCGUAUUUAACACAAGUAUUCAUAGUUGUGGUCCUCAUCCCAUCAGUGUAUUCAAUUUGUAGUGAGUCCUCAUCUGUGAUAAUUAUAAUUUUGAUCUCAGACCUUCUCAGAAGAAAAAAUCACUACUUGUCCCUAUUAUUUGUAAUCUCAAUUAAGAUUUCUGCUUGUUGAUGUGUACAGGUAUGGUUAUCAAGUUUACAUAACCUUGAUUUCAAAUAUUUUAUUAGCCAGGGCUAUUCAACAAUUAUGUAACAAGAAGGGUAAAAUUAUCAAAAUAUUCUUUAAAUAUAUUACACCAGUUAUAGCCUGUAUGUUCUUUUACAAAUAAUUUUCUAGUUGUAGUAUUUGUUACCUCAUAAAACAGUUUGAAAAUAACAAAAACGAGCAAGCUAAACAGCAGUGUGUAACAAUGUUGAUUAUAUGUCGGUCACAGGAAUGGAUGGAGGUGGGUGUAUUAAAGAGUGCUACCUAUUUUGGGGAAGGGUGAGUGUGAAGGUUAUAAAAUCAUAAGAAGAACAAUACUCCUGAUUUGGUGUUAUAUACUUGUUGAAUAGCAUCUAGUAUACAAAUGUAAAAGGGCUACCAUAAGGCUAUUCUUUUAACAAAUGUUUGUCAUAACUUGACUCACACUGUUAGUAAAUUGGUUAAUCAAUACCUAGGUUUAUAAAUAUUAAAAAAUAAAUGGAGAAAUUUAAAGAGAAAAAUGUAUGUUGGUCACAUUAUAAAAAUCUUAAGAAAAGUAAUCAUUACAAAUUUAUUUUUAGAUAUGAGUCAAAACACCACCUGCAUUUAUCAUAAUUCAGGCUUCUGCAAAUUGGUGAAAAUGUUAGUUUCAUUAGCACGUCAUUCGCACAUGCCUAGUUUUGAAUAUUUACCCAAUUUUUGGUUCACUCCUUUAGUACAUCUUUACAAGUUCAUGGUGGCUAUGCAAAACUGAAAUGGGUUAUCUUAAUUUGUUUCUGCAUAAUCCAUAAAUGAUUUCCAUAAAUUAUAAUUUGAUAAACGCUGAAAUUUGAAGAAGAAAAAUACAUGUCUAUAAAGGAAAGUCACAGUAACUUUCAUGAACCUGUUUGUUUUAAGGGUGGCCUGUUUUGUUACCUGUACUUCAUUCAUUACUAUUUGCUGGAUGAACAACAAAGAUUCUGUAUGUACUUAAGUAUUUUUAUACAAAUUAUAGUUAAGUCAGUCCAAAAUACUGAUCAGACCUGAACACUGAUAUUAAUGUUUUAUAUUACAAUGUACAUGUACUUGGAUUAAAUAAUGUAAAGUUACUUGUAGAUAUUUCGCUACCUGAAAAUAACAGGGUUCCAAAAACUGAGUUACAAAUGUUAUGAGAUUAAUACAGCAUGGUUCUGUCAUUAUAGUAUGCCAUUGAAUUAGUACAACACUUAUCUUCUACUACCCAAUCAAAUUGAUAGUUCUAUCGUUAUAGUACACCAUUGAAUUAGUACAACACUUAUUUUCUACUACACAAUCAGACUGAUGAACUUCCACAUAUAGGACUACACAGAACUGAAAUUUCAAACAUUCAUCACAAACAGAUAAAUAAGUGUUAAAACCCUGUUAUUCUCAGAAGGCAGUUUGUUAGUGUUGAUUAACUGGUAACUUUUAUGAAUUCCGUCCUUCACAGAACAAGAUAUUUUAUUAAAGUUAUAAUGAAAUACA